GUGACUCUGUGGCGGACCCUCAGCCUGCAGGAGGUCUGAGGUGAGGUGCAUGAUGGGAGAUGGAGUCCCCCUGCAGACGGAGGGGAACGCCCUCCUGAAGGCGGUGUUCCAGGGGAAGCUGCGUCUGACCCGCCUGCUGCUGGAAGGCGGCGCCUACAUCAACGAGGGCAACGACCGCGGGGAGACCCCAGUUUGUGCUGCCUGCCUCGCGGCCUAUGAGGACCCGCUGGCCAGGCAGAGGAUGGUCCGCUACCUGCUGGAGAAGGGUGCCGACCCCAACAUCCCGGACAAGUGUGGCCGCACGGCGCUGAUCCAUGCCUGCGCGGAGCAGGCAGGCCGGGAAGUAGUCUCGCUGCUGCUGGAGAACGGGGCGGACCCCAGCCUCAAGGACUACUCCGGCUCCUCUGCUCUGGUCCAUGCCAUCAACAAGGGGGACCGGGACACCCUGCAGGUCCUGCUGGACGCCUGCAAGGCCAAAGGGAAGGAAGUGAUAAUCAUCACCUCUGACACUUCUCCGUCCGGCACCAAGAAGACCAAGCAGUACUUGAACGCCCCCCCCUCCCCUGCCAUCGUGGACAAGCUGGCUCCAGACUGCAUGUCCCCCUCCGACGUGGAGAUCCGGACCUCCUCGCCGGCCGGAGACCAGGACGGGAUCUUUAGCUUCGCGCUGACCACGGCUCUGCCGCUGCCCUCAGCCAGACCCCCGGGAGACAAGAGGCCGCCCCCCCGCAAGCUGCUGAAGAGGCUGAACUCGGAGCCCUGGGGUCUGGUGGCCCCCUCAGUCCUGGUUCCUCCGAGGGACGGGGGUCUUGAGGAUGGGGGCUGCAGCAGCACCAUAUUCCAGAUGAACGGCUUGUCUCUAACAGACCCGGCCAGACCGCGGUUGUCCCGGCGACACAGCAUCGAGACCCACGACCCCUGUUCCCCAAAACUGAUGGACCGGUCCGUCUCGGAGGACUACGCCCCCCUCUCCGGGGCCUCCUGGGCCGACAAGGUCCAGCAGCACCAGAUCCUGUACCGCAGGAACACGGCCCCGGAGACCCAGGAGAACGCUGGGGGUCCAGGAGGGGCCCGGGCUCUGAUCCACCCCAAACUGACCCGCAUGGAGCACUACGAGUCCGACACCCACCUCUGCCCGGAGUCCAGUCCCGGGUCUCCAGACUCGGGCCGGGUGUCGGUGGAUCGGCGGCGCUUCAACGCGUCCCCCUUGUCUCUGCUGUCCCCCAGGGAGUCACUGGAGAACAUCCCCAGCUCUGUGUCCCCCGUCCUGCGCCGCCGGGGGCUCCUGGAGCGCCGGGGGUCCGGGACCCUCCUGCUGGACCACAUCUCCCACACCAGGCCCGGCUUCCUGCCCCCCCUCAACAUCAACCCUCAGAGACCCAUCCCUGACAUCCGGGCCAACGGUAAACCCACCUCCCCGGUCCACGCUGGGCCCAAGAUUCUGGUCCCUGUGGCCCCCGCCUCCCCCAAACGGGGUCCAGACUUCAAGAUGAAGAAGAAGCUGAUGCGGAGACACUCGAUGCAGACCGAGCAGAUGAAGCAGCUCUCCACCUUCCAGGAGGUGCUGGCGGAGAGGGUCCUUGAGUCCAGCGGGGACUGAGGAGGGGCAAAGCAUUAAGUAGACUGUAAGGGGGGGUUUACUGUAAACCUGCUUCAUCAUAUCAUCACCAUCUGAACCGAGAGGGGGGAGGGGGCCACACCCACCAGGACCCCCUCUGAGGCCUCAGUCGGGACUAAAGACAACCAGACACUUUCAGUCCAGACGAAAGACCAAAGGACCCUCUCAGUACAAAUUAAAGACCACCAGACCCUUUCAGUCCAGACUAAAGACCACCACACCCUCUCAGUCAAAAUUAAAGACCACCAGACCCUUUCAGUCCAGACUAAAGACCACCACACCCUUUCAGUCCAGACUAAAGACCACCAGACCCUCUCAGUCCAGACUAAAGACCACCAGACCCUUUCAGUCCAGACCAAAGACCAACGGACCCCCUCAGUCCAGACUAAAGACCUGUAGGUCUCUGAGGAUCCUCCCCUCUCCUGAUUUUGACUCACUUUACAACUUCAAUCCCUUGCAGACUGAAACCUGGUCUAUGUUUACUGAUGCACACUUUGCACUGAGGUCUGUUUCUGUCAGCGGAGGAACCUGAAGCAGGACUGAUGAAGGUGGACUCUGACGUCAUGUUUAUAAUCCCUGUCCUGCAGGAUGUGGUCUCGUGUGGACCUGCUGCAAUGUACUUCCUGUAACUACACACAUAUAAUCGCUGUGAUUCUGUGAGUUUUUAUUUACUGACCAGGUUCUGGAUCUAAUCCGGGUUUAGAUGAAACCUGGUUUUCUUGUUUAUGAAACUCCAAAGACGUUGUGUGGACAGUUUGAACCAAAACCUGCUGACUGUAAAUACUGUAAAGACCUGCAAUAGAGCCAGGACUACCACCCUGAAGUCCUACUUCCUGUCCCUGCAGAGACCCUCAUCUCAGUGAGACCAGCAGAGUGCUAGUUUAGCUUAGCCAGGGCUGCCAACCCUCACGCAUUGAGCGUGAGACACGCAAUUAACCCAUAUCUCACGCACUCACGCCACACAUGCCUUUCCUCACGCAAA